CUACAUCAAAGUUUUCCCUACCUAAAAAAUUAUUAUUAUUAUUAUUUAUUUAAAAAAAAUAUUUGCAGAGCUUCGUCUUGUUUACAAUCCUCCGUACUAAAUGGAAGACAACAACGACAACAACAACCAAGUCACGACCUCACUGUUCGAGUUCGAACAGCAGAGCAAAACCCCCGUUACCGUUACCGUUAACGCCUCUCCUGUUAACGGUUUGUUAGAUGGGUCCCACACCGACCCUCAUUCUGUUACAGCUAACAAGAAGAAGCGUGGUAGACCCAGGAAGUACGAGUCUCCAGAGGAAGCUCUCGCCGCUAGGAAAGCUGCCGCUAAAACGUCGUCGUUUUCAUCUCCCAACAACCCCAAAAAGUUCCAUUCCAACUCUCUAGGAAAUUCAAGAGAGGGAUUCAAUCUCCACAUCGUUACUGUUGCUCCUGGUGAGGAUGUUGGCCAAAAAAUUAUGUCGCUGAUGCAAAAAAAUAGUAGGUGUGAGAUGUGCAUUCUCUCUGCAUCUGGUUCCGUCUCUAGUGCCACUCUUCGUCAGCCAGCAACCUCUGGAGGCAAUAUUACAUAUGAGGGUCGCUUUGACAUUAUUUCUCUUACUGGAUCCUAUGUCCAUAAUGAACUUGAAGGUCGUUCUGGUGGUCUAAGUGUAUGCUUAUCUCAUUCUGAUGGACAACUUAUAGGUGGAAGCAUUGCUGGACCCCUUAAAGCUGCUGAUUCAGUUCAGGUCAUUGUUGGCACAUUUUCUAUCAGUCCCAAGAACACUGGUGCUGGUAUAAAAGGCGAUGUUUCUACCAGCAAGUUACCAUCACCAGUCGGUGAACCGGCAUCAAGUUUAGGUUUCCGCUCAUCAGCUGACACUGCCAAUGGGAAUACAACUCCAGGAAACAAGGAGCAUCAAACUAUUGGGGGAAGUCAUUUCAUGCUUCAGCAACAUGGUGUGCACAUGGCACCUUUCAAUCCCUCAGACUGGGGAAGUCGUCCAGAUUCAAGAAAUGUUGCCUUUGAACUGAUAGGAAGAACAGGUCAUGGAGCACAGCAGUCUCCUGAGAAUGGGGACUAUUCCUGAUUUAGAUGGCUUUUUGGGCUGUGAAAAAGAUUAAUAUGUGGUAGAUAGAUUUAUGAUCCUUUGCAGUACUACUAGACUUUGUUCCAGUAUGCCCUCUAUAGUAUGUGAUAUGCCAAACAACAACAAGGUUUAUGCCACUAAAUAGGGUUGGCUAACUAUCCAAAAAAUCAGCUCAUGACUGAAGGCAUGUAUAUUUAAAAUACUUUUGAAGUUGUUAGAGUUCUAAAGUGUUAUUUCACCUUUAGAAUUUAGAUAAUUGUUAGGAUGAAGUUUUGGGAGAAUUCUGCAUUUCUCUAGUAUGUUUUGCACCAACCAUUUGAGGGCGUAGCUUGUCCAUGAAGCAUUGUUCUAUUUUAUUUACCAACUUGUUAAGUACUCAUUUAUUUUAAUUAUUGUCUUAGAUAA